AUGGAAAUUGUAGCACCUAUACGUUUUGAUCUACCCAGAAUAUUUGGUCUGAGACGUUUUCCCAAUAAAGGACGUGUCAGCCGUUUAUCGGGUACUUCGGGUAAAUUAUUUGGAGCCUUUAUCAAGCAUAUCAAUGGCAGCUAUAAUGACACUGUAAUACUAGAGCGUGAAUUUGAACCUUUCAAUCUAUUGGAGUUUAUAGAACUAGUGGAGACUAAACAGUUAGAGAUAAGUGUACACUCCUAUACCUCCAUGAUAAAUGCCUCGGUGGGCACUAGUUAUCCCAUAGGCAUUAAUGAUUGGUGUCUCAUGGUGCCCUAUCGUAAUAGUUCUCCGGAAUAUAUGUUUUUACAAAAGAGUUUUCAACAGAACUGUUGGUUUCUCUUUUGUUUUGCUGCUGUUUAUAUUACUUUGGGCAUCUGGUUGUGUUCUCCCAAAUGGGAGCGUGAUAUAACUCUCUCAUUUCUACAGACCAUCUGCUCUCUUUUACAAAUAGCUCCUAUAAAACUUUAUACUCUGCCCUAUAUACGUCUACGUUACUUAUUUCUAUUAUUAUUUGUGGUGGGCUUUUGUCUGUCCAAUAUCUACUUAACCAAAAUGGCCAGUAAUUUAACCGCUCUCAGUAGUCCGGAUCAGAUAAAUACCAUACAAGAUAUCAUAGAAGAACAACUACAGAUAAUGAUAUUGGGUUUGGAAUAUCCCUCUUUACUAAAUCUCAACAAUAAUAGUGAAUUUUUAAAAUUGGUAUUAGCUGUCUCUAAACCACAAAUGGAUCUACAUCGUGAUCGUCUAAAUACCUCUUAUGGCUAUAGUGUCUCCACCGAUCGUUGGGAUUUUCUUAAUAAGCAACAGUGUUUUCUUAAGAAACCUAUAUUUCGUCUUACCUCCAUCUGCAGCGGUCCCUUUUAUCAUGUCUUUCCUUUGCAAAAGGACUCACAUCUGCUGCAACCCUUAAAGGAUUUCAUAUUGGCUGUCUCGCAGUCUGGUUACACUUUCUUUUGGGAUGAUGAGGCCUUUGAUGAUGCCUUAUUUUUGGGUUAUGUUAAAAUGUUUAAAAAUGUUGACGAUUUCAGAGCUUUAUCCAUAAAUUUUUUCAUUUCGAUCUAUGUGGUCUGGUUAUUGGGUUUAUUUUGUCGGCGCUAA